AUGUUAAGACGAAGUGCGAGCACAACUAGUAUUAGACAUGUAUCAAAAGAGACCUUAACAAUCUUGCUCAUUCUCUCUAUAAGGAGAUUCGGAACUCCUGUAAUAAAGUCUCUCAAUACGUUCAUUCACAACAAUAGCUUAGUGACAUACGUCAUAGGCCCAACCAUAUUUCCAGUAGUAGGCAAUCUAGUAAAUGUAUGGUUGAGUUUAAAAAGGUUCAAAUGUCACCACCGCGUUUGGCAGAACUGGGCCAAAAAGUAUGGGAAGAUACUCGGCUUAAGAUUGGGUCUAGUUGACGUCGUUAUAGUCUUUGGAAAGAAGUAUAUAAAGGAAGUUCUAGCUCGAGAUGUGUUUGAUGGGAGGCCAGAUGGAUAUUUCUACACAAUGCGCUCAUUUGGGAAGAAAAUUGGGAUAGUUUUUUCGGACGGUACAACGUGGACGAAGACGCGGCGCGCUGUACUCAAACAUCUCAGAAAUUUCGGUUACGGCUCGCGAUCUAUGGAAAACAAUAUCUGUGAAGAAGUGAAAGCAAUAGUGGACUUACGAAAAUUGGACGCUGGAAGGCCGGUGGUAGUCAACCACGUGUUCGAUGUAGCUAUUGUAAAUAUUAUGUGGAAAUUGGUUGCCGGGAAAAGGUAUGAUUUAAAAGACAACAAAUUAAAACAUAUCUGCGACCUCAUAACGAAGUCUUUUCAACUCGUCGACAUGAGUGGUGGAAUUUUAACUUUUUUGCCGUUUCUCAGACAUAUCAUGCCGGAUUUUAUAGGAUAUUCGGAAUUGAAGCUAAUUCAUCAUAACAUUUAUACGUUUAUACAGGAGACUAUUAACGAACACCGAGCCACGCUUGACGUCAGCAAACCUAGAGAUCUUAUUGAUGCCUUUUUAAUUGAUAUAAUGCAACAAAAAGAAGAUUCGUUUACAGAAGAAGAACUACAAGUUAUCUGUCGGGAUUUAUUAGAAGCGGGCGUGGAAACAGUGAGCAAUACGGCAGCUUUCAUGUUGCUUCAUAUUGUGCGCAACCCAGAUGUCCAAAAACAAUUGCAAGAUGAAAUCGAUUCUGCAAUCGAGUUAUCGCGGUAUCCCACCCUCGGAGACAGAUCGAGGAUGAUAUACACCGAGGCAGUGAUAUUGGAAACUCUAAGGAUAUCGAGUGUAGCAGCGGUAGGAAUACCUCAUAUGGCACGGGAAGAUGCACGGCUGGGUGACUACGUUAUAAGAAAGGGAACAUUUUUGCUACUUGCUAUUCACGAUCUACAUAAUGGGGCACAAUGGAAGAACCCACAAGAAUUCAAUCCAGCCCGUUUCAUUACUACGGAAGGAAAUUUAAUACAGAGUGACAUGCUUAUGCCUUUCGGAACAGGUAAAAGGCGCUGUAUUGGCGAAGGUCUGGCGCGUUCUGAAUUAUUUUUAUUCCUCACGUACAUUUUACAAAGCUUCAACUUGAAAAUUCCAAACGGGGAUCCGAUUCCUUCCACGGAGCCUGUGGACGGCGUUUCUUUAUCUGCGAAAGAGUUUAGAGUUAUUUUUGAACCACGACGAUAA